AUGGCCGAGGACCCCAACGCGAGUGUGGAGGCGGUGGUGGCGGCCCAGGCGCAGGCCCAGGCGCUGGCCAACCGCUUCGUGCAGGAGAACUCGGGCAUGGGGAUGCCGGCCUUCCCCGUGGGCGGCGGCCUGGAGCUGGGGGACAAGGCCUACGAGGAGGACGGCGGCAACAAGCGCAAGUUCGAACCCGGCAUCGACGGCGGGGAGAACGGCGUGGACGGCCCGAUGCGGAAGAAGUUCUUCAACGGGACGGAGGAUGUCGGCAACGUGGCGCCGGAAUUCGUGGCGCCGGCGCUGGACCCCGCGAAUGUGUCCGUGCCGGUUCCCGAUCUGUCCCAGACGGCGGCCGUGGCCCCCGGACUGGACGCCGUCCCCGUGGCACCGGCCCCCGUGGGGGCCCUCCCCGUGGGUGGGGUUCCCACGCAGGUGGCGCCGGGCACGGGCAUUGGCGGCGACGUCACAGACACCGUGAACUGCCCCUCGAUGCUGGUCGGCCGCCUGAUCGGCCGCAGCGGCGCCACCAUCAAGCAGCUGCAGCACGACACCAACACGAAGAUCCAGAUCGACCACCAGGCGUCGGGCGACAUGAAGAAGGUCAGCAUCACGGGCAAGUCGGUGGAGGCCCUGGAGGAGGCCAAGCAGAUGAUCAAGGGGAUCCUGGAGGCCGACGGGCCGUCUUCGGCCCCCGGGGAGGUGUCCCAGACGGUGGACUGCCUUCCCGGGAUCGUGGGGAGGGUGAUCGGCAGGGGCGGGGAGACGAUCAAGGCGCUGCAGUCGGCCAGCGGCGCCAACAUCGUGGUGGACCAGAACUUCCCCCAGGGGGUGCCACGGAAGGUGAAGAUUACGGGGCAGCCAGAUGCUGUGGACAGGGCCGUGAAGAUGGUCACCGAGCUCAUCAACGGGGAGCCAGGAAGCGCGCAGAAAGUUAUACAGAAGUAUGGUGUGGGCAUGACUAAGGUGCUGGAUUGCCCAAAGACGAUGGUGGGCCGCGUGAUUGGCAAGGGUGGAGAGACCAUCAAGGCGCUUCAGAGAGACACCGGCGCCGCUGUGCAGAUAGACCAGAAUGUGGAGCCCUGCAAAGUCACUAUUUCUGGCCCACCCCAGAAAGUACAGGCUGCCGCUGACAUGGUGCAGGAAAUCAUCAAUGGAGGCACGCCUCUAGCUCACAUGAGCCAGUUCAAACCAUAUGGUGCGCCUCCACGUGGUGGCCAGAGGGGUGCCCCCCAGCACGGCACCUUCCCCCCGCAGUUCCCUCCCUAUCAGUACCAGCAGCCUCCACCAGGGCCAUAUGGUGGCUACAACAACUACCCACCACCUGCUGCUCCCAACCCAUAUGGUUACUACAAUGCCCAGGGUUAUGCACCCCCUGCCUACCCCCCUGCCCAAGCCCCUGCCCCAGCGCCUGCUCCAUCCUAUGGAGCAUACCCUGGGUAUGGCCAGUCGGACCCAUACGCUGGCCAGGCGUAUACGGGCCAGGCAUAUGGGCAGCCCAACGCAGCUGCAUCAGCACCACAGCAAGUGCAGCCUGCACCUGCAGCCCAGCCAGCGAUGCCAGAGUCUGUUUGGCAAGAGCUUCAAGAUGCGGAGAACAGGCCAUACUACUACAAUACCCAGACUGGCGUCAGCCAGUGGGAGAAGCCUGCCGAACUUCAGUAA